GAACACGUGAUCUAUUAAAGAAGCAUGUACUAACAAGGAAUCGCAGUUAACAUUCAAUGAAUUUUACUUCCGUUAUUCAAAAGUUGUAAUCUCUUAUUAGUCGCAGGAAUAUGUGUCUGUGUUUAAUGAUUAAAAUGGGAAUACAUUUAUCAAGAGAACCUGCAUAACCAAUUCCAUGUUUUUUGAAGUCCACAUUUUGCUACAAGACCACGUGUCUUCAGACAGCUAUGAAAACAAAAAUACAAGAUCUGGACGAAAACACAUUCAACGAGUUAAUAGCAAAUAAACUUAGUAAAGGUAAUACAGACGAAGAUUCUAAAACAAGUGAUGUAUCCGACAUUGAAUUCAAAUCAAGGAACUACACAAACAAAAAUCUCAACAACAGUAAUGAGGAUAUACCUGUUCUUAUAAAAGAAGAACCGUUUACACUUUCUGACGGUUCUGAUAUGAGUUUAGAAAGAAUACAACCAAAACAUUCCGGACCAUUGUAUAAUCUGGGUACAUGUAAGAAUAUUAAGAUAAAGAAACAAUGUAGCUGUAAAUUUUGUGAAUCAAAACCGGAGAGAAUUAAAACAAUUCAUCGCGAAGAACACGAUCACGAAGAUAGUACUGAUUCCGAUGACAGUUACCGAGAAACUGACAAGUUUUCUUCCUACUUCAAACGUACGAUCAAAUUUAACCCAGCAGCCAACAAAUCUUUUAAAUGUGAUGUAUGUAAUAAAAAGUUUCGAUCAUAUGACAUCCUGAUACGACAUUCCAGAACACAUCCUUCAGAAAAAAAUUACCAGUGUCCAAGAUGUGGACAAAGAUUUUGGUCAGAACAUUACUUAAGUGUUCACAUUGAAACGCAACACAACAGCGUCCUCGUUUUAAACACUUGUCAAAUAUGCAAAUCAGUAUUUCAAUGGAAACAUGAACUACAAGAACAUAUGAAAACACAUGUUUUAGAAGAAUCGGAACAUAAAUGUGGUAUUUGUGGGAGAAUGUUUGUUGAUAACGUGUUUCUAACAGAACACCUGAAGACACACGCAGAAAAAAAAAUCCAUCAGUGCCAUGUUUGUGAUGCUAGAUUUCUUACGGAGAAAUCAUUACAUACUCAUAUACAAACUCAUGAAUCGGAGAAUCCUUACACGUGUGUUGUUUGCGGAGAAGAAUUUUUGUUUGACAACCUUCUGGAGCAACAUAUUCUGACUCAUAUAGGGAUAUAUCCUUACAAGUGUAAAGCAUGUGGGGCUGGAUUUAACCACGAAAGACAUUUAAAGGAACACGAGUCAACUCAUAAACAUGUGCAGCUAAAUUCAAAUUUGACAGCUCACCUACCUGCAAUUUCGAAAUUGCAUGAAACUCAUACAUUAAGAAAAACUUGUUCUUCAGGAAACAACGUGACGAAAACUUUGAUUCGACAUCAAGGGGAUUCACCAUGCACUUGUGCGGUUUGCAAACUUAAAUAUGGUGGUGGUAAAUCGUUUUCUAAACAGUAUAAUAACACCAAGGGAGGUCCUUAUGUCUGUGGCAUAUGUGGCGAAGUUUUUCCAUGUAAAACUAUUCUCUCAGAUCAUGAAAAAAUACAUUUAAACGAAAAUGCCUGUAUUUUAAAGAAAAAAAUGAGCAAUGUUAAGGAUAUGCUAGAAAGUGGGAAUCGUCAGGUGUUGGAAUGUGACCUGUGUUGCGACACGUUUAGAACCGUAAAAGAUCUCCAAUCACAUGUUCUCAAGCAUUCAGAAAAAGAAACGAUAAACAAGUUAAGAAGGAAGAAAAUAAUGUAUGAUUGCUCAUUUUGUGGUGAGAAGUUUGCAAAAUUUAAACGUUUAAAGUACCAUCUUCUAAUUCAUUCAAAUCUUACAACUUGUUGUUGUCAAGCAUGUGGUAAAUCUUUUUCUCAGCUGAAGCAACUAGAAGAACAUGUAAAAAAUGAUCAUAUGACCAGUUCUGCUUGUGAUACAUCGGAAUCCGAAAAGGAUGGCAGAACCUAUAUUCCUGUACGUGAUUCUCACAUACCCGAAUAUCACUUUAAUGAAACAGUCCAGUUGGCAAACGAAGUAGAUAAACGUAUUAAUACUGACUCUUCUACAGAACACCAAUGUGAUAUAUGCGAUAAAAAGUUUGUAAUAGAGAAGGAGUUAGAAGACCACAUUUUAAUGCACUUUGAGAAAAAUAAAAUUCUUGCCCGUGAUGUAUCGAAGGAGAUUGAUAAAAGAAUUGGUAAAGUGUCCGCUUCGGUAUGUAAAGAAACUCGAUAUAUUGAAGAUGCUUCCUUCUUACAAGAACAUGACAAUGGAAUGAUACCAUUAAAAAGAAUUAAACGAGACCCUGAUGACGAAGGAUAUGGCAUUGAAAAUAAACUUCCAAAAAACAGUGAUCAUUUAAUAGAAAAUGGUUCUCCUGUACAUACUUCUAUUGAUCAAAAAAUUGAACAACGGGAUUUUGUUAGCAAUUGUUCUUCAAAUGAAAAAGAGAUGUUAAUUCUUUCUCCACGAAAUGACCAAGUCUUUUCACAUCCUUAUAUGGAGAGUGAUCCUUAUUCAUCUCAUAUAAAAAGUGUCGGUUCCUCAAUUGAAUCCAGUAGUGUUGUUAAUUCACCACGAGAAAGUUACAGUUAUUCAUUUUCUCCUCGGGGUAAAUUUUUAAGUGAUACAGACAGUGGAUAUUCAGAGAAAAUGAAUAUAGCUUUAAGUGAUGUUGAGAGCGUGUAUUCUCCGCUUAGUAUAGAUGUAAACAAAACAUAUGCAGAUAAGGGUGGUUCUAUAAAUACCGUGGAUACCACCAUUUGUAAUAUCAAAACCGAGAAAGAAGAUUACGGUAGAGGUUCUAAUUCUUUAGUAAGUGAUGUCAAUGAUUUUAAUUUCGAAUCAGAUAGAGACACUUUAGACAGUAAAAUGACUGUGUCAUCAUGUACAUCAUCAUCAAGUCAGACCCAGUGCAAUGUGACAAACAAUCAUAAUAUCAUUGAAUCAUCCGACCACAAAAAACGUGUUCCUUUCCUUUUUAACUAUACAGAAAAGAAAUCAAAGCAACAUCGGACAAGUACUGUCAAUUUUCAUUGGUUGGGAAAAUUAAAGUAGAUAUUACUAUGGAUUCGUUAUUCGUGGGAUACCAAAUUUUAAGGAUUUCGUUGAAACAGGUGAACCACAAAUUAAAAUUUUCAACAAAUUACAAAUUUUCUAUAGGCUUUUAUAAAGACUUUUGAAAAACUACGAAAUCGAAUAUUCACGAAAAUGUUUCCUCAAUGCACGAAAAUUGGUACUCUAGAAAAUAAAUGAAUCCACAUAAUAUUAAAUGCCCCAUCAUGUCAAGCAGUAUGCAUGUAUUGCGUCUAUUUGCGCAUCCGUCCAUUUACAAGUCUGUUUCAUGUUAGAAUAUUUGAUUUAAGUUUAAGGUAUAGAUAGUUUGAUAUGGAGAGCACAAUGAAACUACUCCAGAGAAUAGUUUUCCAACAUAGAAAGUUUAAAGGAUUGUGUUAUCUCGUUUUUAUAGUUCAAUGAUUAUUUACGAUAAACUUAUUAAAGCACACAAAGCUAUCGCAAAGUUGCUAGAAUAGUUUGUAAAAGUAUAAGUCUGACGGAGGGGUUAUUCGAUUUCAUAGAUCAUCGGCUUAAUUGUUUGUUAUCUUUCAGAGUUUAAAAACAGAUUUGAGAGAAAACACAGUGCUACUUAAAAACAUUAUAGAUCAAGAAAAGAAAUAUUCAAAAUUUGGGUCCAAAGACUGAUAUAACAUCGAUUCCAUAGUUAAGUUUUGCUUAUGUCUCCGGUUUUAACUGCUGUAAAGACUUGAUUGAUAUCAAAAUGCAAAUUAACCACAUAUUUCAAGGUUAAUUGAAUGGUUAUUGAUUUUUAAAGCUCGUAGACACUAUAUGUCGAUUAUAAGGUUUUCCACAUAUCGAUUUUAUAAAAAUAUAUCAACUGCUAGUUACAAUAGAAAGUUUGCAGUUUGGGUGAGCACGGCAAACGUGCUCAGAACAGCUUCAAAUUGUUUCAACAAAUAUAUUUUACAAUAUCUAUUGAAGAAACAUCUUUUGAUUGAUUUAUCAGAUUAAUGUUUGAGUUGUUUUCAUGAUCUAUGUUCAUUGAAGGAAUGGUAUGACCUUGAUAUUAUGCUCCCACCUUUAGGUUUAAAAGUCAGUAGUUUAACAUGAAAUAGAUGUGUAAUACAUUUUUAUGAUAACGCUUCAUGGUGGGAUAUGGUUUCCAUUUGACACAGACUUUUUUUGUAUUGAUGCGUUAUUUCAUAGUGGGACUAAUUGUGUUAUAUUUAUUUUUACAAAGUGAAAAAAUAAAAGUGCAAUGACUUGA